AUGAGUAAUCCCUCCCUUCUAAACGAGGAACUUGUGUAUGGGAUUCUAUCUUUGUCACAUUGGUGCAUUUUUCAUAUGAACAAAGCCAAACAAGUUGUUGAAACAUGGGAUAGGCAAUUUCAUGGUUCUCCACGUGAGAAAAGAUUGGCAUUUCUGUAUCUUGCAAAUGAUAUUUUACAGAACAGCAGGCGAAAAGGUUCUGAGUUUGUAGGUGAAUUCUGGAAGGUUCUUCCAGAUGCUCUUCGAGAUGUGAUUCAAAAUGGAGAUGGUUUUGCCAGGACUGCGGCACUUCGGCUGAUUGGUAUAUGGGACGACAGAAAAGUCUUUGGUUCUCGUGGUCAAAUUCUUAAGGAAGAGUUUGUUGGGAGACAUGUGGAAAAUACUAGCCGAGAUGUGAAGCCUACAAACAUGAAACUGAGGCCAUCUGCAGGGAAUGCAUUGGAAAAAAUAGUUUCAGCUUUUCAAGUUGUUUAUGGAGGGCAAACAGAUGAAGAUGCCAUACUGAGCAAAUGCAGGAAUGCCAUUAACUGUCUUGAUAAAGCAGAUAAAGAAAUAGUUUCAGUAGGGCAAUUCAGUGGUUCGGCACUAGUGGAUGAGCUCCAGGGCCAUAAUUCUGUACUGAAGGACUGCAUUGAGCAGUUAACAGCCAUUGAGUCAUCUAGAACUGCUCUUCUGUCUCACUUGAGAGAAGCUCUUGAAGAUCAGGAAUUCAAGCUGGGUCAAGUCCGUAACCAGAUUCAGGCUGCACAUGUUCGGUCAGAUCGGGUGACUAACAUCUGCCAACAGUUACUUAAUGGCAAUAACAUCCAGUCGUUAGCUGAGCAGAGCUCAAAGGAAAUUCAAACCUCCAUGUCAUCUGCAAGUUUUAGUAUUUCUAGUGAAAGGGAGCAAUCUGCUCCAUUAAUGUACACACCACAGGUGUCAUUUUCACAAAAGUCUGGGCAUAUUGAGGAAGAUACUCGCAAGUCUGCAGCUGCGGCAGUGGCAGCAAAACUGACUGCUUCAACAUCCUCUGCCCAGAUGCUAUCAUAUGUGUUGUCCUCCCUAGCAUCAGAAGGUGUCAUAGGGAAUCAGUCUUCAGCUGAUUAUCACUCUGAGAAGAGGACGAAGCUAGAGAAUGACCAGCAGUCCUUUAUACCAUCUCAGAAUCCUCAACAAUCACUUCCUUCCUUUUCUCUUCCUGAUUCUAUUCAACAUAAUGCUCCUACAACCAACCAACAAUCUACUCCCAAUGAACCACCACCUCCACCCUCAUCAUCACCUCCCCCAUUGCCUCCACCGCCACCACCACCAAUGUCACAGUACCCUGUACCACCAUUCAUGCAGACAGCUGGAUCCAUUAGUAGUAUGGCAUACAGUUAUGGCAUGACACAACAGCCCUCAAUGGUAGUCUAUCCCGGUGUUGGUACUUCCCUGAAUGGUGUUUCCACUUUUACCCCUCCUCCAAUGAGUACAUAUCAGGGUUUUCAGGGUUCAGAUGGAAAUUACUAUAACCAGGCAUCAUCAAUGCCUAUGACCCCAAUAUCUCGACAAUAA